GCUUUCCUGUUUGUAGAAUGCUUGAGUACAGUCGCUCUCUCUCUCUGUGCUGAACCAUUUGUGCGUGAAGACGUGUUGCUCUUUAGCUUCUGAAGAAAUUGAAAAUCUCAUUUUCUAUUCAUGAAAUAUCGCAGUGAAAUCCAAGUAUUCUGUUCAUCUCGCAUAAGUAUUCGAAAACAAAAUUCAUCGAUUUCAUCAAGCCGGAUAAUCCGUAAUCGUUCAUACAUUAUCACAGGUUUGCGACUGUGAACCAAAUUUUCAAACUUGAUUCUAAACAUAGAACAUCGCAUUUCGUACCACAUUCAUACGCAUACAUCGCUAAGUUGAAGCCAAGUCAACACAAUGAGCCAACAAAACGCCAAAGAUCAAAACCAAAUGGAAGUCGUCAAACUAGAACCAAACCAAAAUCAAGUGGCUGUGGUCGGUGCAAUCACAUCAAAUGGCGAACCUCAACCGGAGGUCUUUAAAUUGGACACAGAUUGCUGGGAUGAUGUGUUUGACUGUCUGUCGCUGAAAGACGUGCAUUCGUUUGGCCAAACGUGCAAGGCAUUCCAACGUGUCACCGGUGCGUAUUUCCAGUGGAAAUAUGAGGCUGUUUCUGUUCGCUGUUUUGGAAAUGAAGCUUAUAUUGGUAACGAUCGUGUCAAUGGAUUCAUCAAUUUUGUCCAGAAAAUUCGAUUAGAUCGCACACUCCCCGAAUCAAAUUUCGAGUCAGUCAAACAAGUUAAAUUAAUCUGCGUUGACUUGCAUCAAUUGGAAAUAAAUUCCAUGAAGGUUUUGAGCAAAGUGGAACACCUUGAGUUAUGGGAUCGCAAACUCGAUGGAAAUAUUCUUGGAGCACUUAUUGAAUCCUGCGUAAAUUUAAAACGACUAGAAUUUUGGGCCAUAACUUCGUUUAAUUGGUCACUUCAAAGUCACCCGACACUUCAACACUUGGCAUUGAAUGGGCAUAUCACAUUUCGGAACGACCAAUUGAAGGAUUUCCUUGGGAACAACCCAAAUAUUCGAAGCCUUCAAAUCACUGCGGAACUUCUUUGGGGAACCCGUGAUUCGAUUCUCAAAUCCAACAUUGGAUUGGAUGAUUUGGCCAUUACGGAUUGGAUUCGUAAUCCCAACGUUAAUUUCCUUGGUCUUUUGACCGAUCUUCAUGGACGAGGUUUCUACAGAAGAUUGCAUUUGAAAUCAUACGAAGUGCCACCAUCCGAUCGAUUGCUAGCGCUACAAGGACUAGUUGCACUGUACUUUUCCCGCGGGGACAACAUCAAGCUGCCACUACUGGUCAACAUAAGAGAACUUGGCAUCCACGUUCAUUGGAAUACACAACGUAUCCAAGGCGUCAACACAAUUGCACUGGCGAGCCGUUUCAUGAAUCUGGAGCGACUGUUCAUCGCCAGACCGAAUUUCGAGGAACUUUUGCCGUUCAUUCGUCAUUCAAUUAAUUUGAAAUACGUAGAAAUUGAAGAAUAUCAGGAAAAAGUUAUUAAAAUUUAUGCAUUGAACAAGGAACGCAAAAAGCUGGAGGGAGCGCGCAAAGUGACAAUUUACGUCGACGAAGAUGUUUAUUUGGCUACAAAGUGGGCGAAAGCAGAAACAUCGGUCGACUUGAUUGAAAUCAAACGCAAGGAAUCACACUAUAUCGUUCGCCCGCACAAUUUUUGGGUAUUCUUCAGAUCGAAACAAUCCUAGAAGCAGAAUUGAAACACAUAUUCUAAAAUUAUUUUUCAUUCAUUUCACAAUGUGAUUUAUUAGUAGGUAAUGAUUAACAUUAUUCUAAAAUGAAAUAAAAGUACAGAUAAACCUUAGCACUAGCAAUCUGUGCCAUUUUUCAUAAGGCGUCUCCACUCGCAUUGAGUUUGUAUUGUGAAUGUUGAGGUGCGUGCAACGCCCUUCAAUGUAAAAAACGAUACAAGUGGAGAUGAUACACGGGAUUUAUCUGUACUUUACAAAAAAAAAUCAUCGAUCGGAUGUAUUGCUAUACGAUGCUACAAAAUACGUUUGUGAAUUGAGACUUUGUUAUAAGAUUUAUCUUUCAUUGUCUUCGGACGGUUCUUCAUAAAAUUACAUUCUAAAAUCCCUUGACCACUUGAAAUAUUCAUUUAUGUAAAACUGAACCAAUGCAAAAUGCACAUUAAAACUUAGUCCAAAAAUGUAAAAUGGAA